AUGGCGGAAGCACAGCAACAGCUCCAAGCUCUGUCCGACGAGUAUCAGAAGCUGCAGCAAGAUCUACAGAACAGCGUCAAUUCGAGGCAAAAGCUAGAGUCGCAACAGCAAGAGAACAAGGCGGUCCAGAAGGAAUUUGAUGGUCUGGAGGAGGAUGCGAACAUCUACAAGAUGGUCGGCCCGGUGCUGCUGAAGCAAGACAAGACGGAAGCUGUUAUGGCAGUCAAUAGUCGAUUAGAGUUCAUUGAGAACGAGAUAAAGAGGAUAGAGAAGCAGAUUAGCGAUACGGAGAGCAAGAGCGAUGCUGUGAGGCAACAGAUCAUCCAAAUACAAUCGGAAGGACAGCUACAGGCUGCACAGCCUCAGAUUGCUGCAUAG